UGGAAAAUUCUAUGCCACAUUCCUGAUCCAGGAUUACUUCCAUAAAUUCCAUAAGCGGAAGAAGGGGAUGAUGGGACCAGAUGGAUCUUCAAACAACUUUACUGCCUUGCAGGCUGGGUUGAAAAGUUUGCAAGACCUGGGACCUGAGAUCCGCCAGGCAAUGUCCUGUGACCUGGAAGAAGAGGAGGAAGCUGAGGAAACAGCAUGUGAGGAACAGACAGUGACUUCUAAGGUGGAGCUCCGAUGGCAGCUGCAUCCCACCAACAGUGCAAGAAGAAACCAAACACAAUGAGAAUUAUGGGGAAGACACCUCGG